AUGCGCAGUCCCCAUUUUGUAUUUCAACAGCCAAAUGUCGAGAACACAAUACCGGUUAAGAAGUAUUUGUCUUCCAGCCCUGAAAAAUUCUCUUCAGAGGAGGAAGAUAACUUGAUAUUGUACGCUGGAGGAGAAAGUUACUACUUGGAGAUACUUGAAAAUGAUCCAACUGUGAAACUUGUGGUAGACAAGAGACUUAAAGCAACUUCAGUGACAAAAUCAGACUCCGUAUCUGAUUCUAGUGGGCCUCUAGGUAAAUUUGAAGGCAUAGUCUCUUUGUUUGUGCUAAACACGUGCUUUUUAAUUUGGUUCCAAGAGAGUGACAUAGGAAUUGAGUUCCCAUACCAAUGCAUAACGCUACAUGCUUUGCAGGGUGAUAAAUUAUACCUUCAAGUGGUAAGCAAUGAGAUAUUGAAAGCAAUCCCAAGCCACCUGCUGUUGCCCAUAGACUAUGAUCUCACUGUAGAGCUAACUAUAAGAAAUGUAGAAGUAGAUAUCAAAAGUAAUUCGUUGUUCCAAGAUAAAAACAAUUCAAGCUGGUACAGUUCAUCUUCAGUGCAACGCAUCUAUGAAGCAAUGUCCAGAUGUUCCGCAAAUCAUUUCGACGAUGAUGAAGAAGCUGAAGAAAGCGAACCCACUACCUGGUAUACUGGGAAUGAUGACAUCGAUCGUGUAGUACCGGAUGUUCCAGACUCUUGGUUGAAUCAGGGAGAUGCUGAUGAUUUGGGAGAACAAGAGCCCAUUUUAGAGGGAGAAGCUGGAAUGGAUGUUGAUGUAGGGUACGGAUCAAUUGCAGGAACUGUUAGAAGAAAUAGUGAAAACGCCGAGGUAGAGUCAAAACGAAAGAGAAAAUGA